AUGAGGGUCGCUCUAGUUUUCCUAGGAGCCCUGGUCCGCCCCUUAGGAGGGUUAUGGCCCUUCCUUUCGGGCGAGGAAAACACCGCGUGCGACAAAGCAGGCACAUGCCCCCGAGAGGGGGUUGAAGAUGAACCUUCCCGUGGCUCGAGCUCGAGCCCGGGAGCGCAUUAUUGGUGGUUCAACUGGACGUGGGAUUCAGAGCCACCCCCACCCCAGAGUAAUCCUCCCACUGCAGAAGGGGGUGCUCGGUGGUGGUAUGUGCGAGUAUUAAUGGUCUUCCUAUGGGAAAUCUGGGAGGGCGGCCUGACGUGGUGUGGUACACUUUGUGCCUCAAUCGGACUGGCCGCUCGCUGGACUUAUUGGUUGGCCACUGCCACCAUCAUAUUGGGAACCCUGCAAUUGACCUAUUGGUCCUUCGUCUGGGUGAUUAGACCCAUCUUGAUAGUGGCCUACGCACUGACCCGUUACGUACUAGGACAUGGAUCCUGGGAAGCUGUACUUCGUGGUAGCGGGGAACUCCCGUACGAGGUCAAGUGGGUGGGGCCGCGAGGCCAGCAACCGUGGGCCGUGAACUAUGUGCAAGAUCAAGUUCGAGGCCGAGGAGAACAACAGCUGCCUUACGACCUACUGGUCACAGAUGGUGUGGCCGUUGCGCGCGUUUCGCGACCGGGUCGAGAGGAGGAACAGACCCCUAGGCACGACCUCUCGGAGACCGAAUCCGAGGAAGAUGAGAAUCCUUGCCAAGCGGAUGCCAUAGAUGCAACGACGCUGCCUGUGGAUGGGUCCGGCUUAUGGGCGACGACGCCCACCAGAGAGAGUUAUGAACUCUCCAAGGCCCGCAGGAAGAAAAGCCAACAGCGCCCCGUAACGCGACUGGGCCCGGGCGGCCUCGAGCCACUGGUCCUACGGAAUCAGAACCUAAGCGCGCUUCCAGCCGUGGCACGGAUCGCUCGGGGUAUAUCUUCCCCACCCCGGCUAGACUACACUGCAGCACCCCGGCUGGAGACAGGCUUGGAGAUGCCGGCUGUUGAAGACCGUGUGCUGCAAGGUCUCACUUGGGAAGAAAUUGCCGGUAUACCUGAUGAAGACCUGAGACGGAAAGCGGUCUCUCUGAAAAAGGCGGCGACAACCCCUGAAAGCAACCAGCUCCCGUCUGGGGCGCCAGAGCCUCCUGCAGAGCCCGCGUUGUAUGCCUAUCUAGAUUCCCGUAUGAGAGGUAGCUCGCAUGCCACGGCACUCAGCCAAGCUGCAACGGGACGAUGGAGCUACGCGGAAGGGGCACAAAGACUGAAGGAGGCAGCCCGGAAACAUUGGGCUCAACUGCCAAACGACUCGCCUCCCUCCAUACGCCAGUACGUUUGGGAGUUGGCGCAGUCUGGAGCGGAAAGACCAGCCAACGGGGAAGGCGGGGCCGCCGGCGAGUGGAACCGACCUGUGGCCCGCUUCGGCCCGGGUGCUUUCGCCCAGAGUUCGCUCAUACGCGACGACAGGGGGUGUGACACCCUUCGGGUCACGCUGUGUCCCGGGGUGGUCGGGAAGGAAUUGUACCACGCGUUACGCAUCGCGGGAACGCAAGCUCGACCACAGUUGCGACGCAUCGAGUUUCCAUGCAAUAUCCAGAACCGACAUAGUUACGGCUUUGCCGCCCUGCAGCUGGGUGGAAAGACCUUGGCGACGAUCCCCGACUACUGCCUGUCGGCUGGCGACUUUCCUUUGACCUCGGAGGAGGAUUUCGACAAUUUCGGGGGCACCCCCGACCUGAAGCUCGAAAAGAAAGGGAGAUACCCCAACACCCUCACCUCCUGGUUUCGCGCUGCCCUGCGAGAGGCCUGGGCUUUCUCUUGCAUCUUUGGUGAAGAGUAUUAUGCGCCUUUGGAAAAGGCAGCGUCACACUUGUUGCGCCUGGGCGAGCAGCAUAGCUACGCAUGGACUGCGACGGCAGUGUACAGCGCUUGGGAGGAGCUUUGGGCACGGUUCUGUGAAGAGGUUGAAGUUCUUCGCUUUUGCACUGACAUGCACUGGCAUGCUGCCGAGAAUGCAGAGACAGUUGUCCCGGGCGUGCUGGUCGGGCUCGAUCCGAGCCCGGCCGUAGAGCUGAGUCCGCGACUGCUCGGCCGCGAUCCGAGGCAGAUGGCGAUCGCGAUGCGCAAGGCCAGUACCUGUGCUGGGACCACCUGUGCCACCGAGGAUGCACCAAGGGAGGAGCAUGCCUUAAAGGCUCUAAAGCCAAAAGUGCCGCCGACGUUGAAAGGGAAUUCACGCGUAUCCGGGCCCAUAGUGGGGCGGGAAGCCGUGACGCGUCUAGAGCAGGGGAGCAAGUCGACCAUAGUGUUGACGACCUUCGUGACCUCCACCNNNNCCGACCAAGAAGGCGUCUUGGGCGAGCUGUUGAAAGACGCCGGUAAAGAUUGGUGGGUGGACACGGACGCUCAAAGCGCGACGCUCGUGCGACCUAGUGAGCCCUUCAGGGACACGUCUCGAGCCGAGGCCAUGCGCGAAAUUGACGCUGAUGAAGGCCGUCUGGGCGCUUAUCCGGACGGGCUGCUAGGCAUCUACCUGCGGAACCGGUUGCUGCGCCUUCGUGAAGACACCGGGUCCCCGGCCCAGCCUGAGGACGUUACGCGCCUCCUUGAGGAAGCAGCCGAUCGAGGUGGCCCGGAGCUCGCCGACGCGGCUGCACAACUGCUGGAAGAAAGAGGUCUCCCGCGCAAGGCCGGGGAGUUGCCUGCCGUCCAGCUCUCGCCCAUUAGCUGGGAUGCGGCCAUUGGGGCAGGCACUCUUUCUUGGGAGGGCCACGGCCAGUGGGCCAUGUUCGAUUACAGGGACCAACUCCGGUUGGACCCAGCCGCCUGCCAGGCGUUGGGUUUCGCGGACGCCGCCGCCGAACCCAAGCAGUGCCUUCUUUUACAUGUUGCGGCUGCCUACCUGAGCAAGCCUGGAGGACCAUUGCCCGAUGAGGCUGCUGUUCAAGCGCAAGCCCUUUCAUGGCGCCUCUGGUGGGCAAAGCAGGCGCGCGUUGCCGAGGAUUCGCUUGGACCCGAGCUCGCAGGCUUCGGUCUCGCGGUGCUGCGCCUAGACGCCUACCUCCGGCCUUCCGUUGAGGUGAUCUGCGGUGCGCGUUACAAGGGUGAUGCGGCCGCCACCCGCUGGGUUCUUAUUCACAAGGGCCAUAUGCGGUUGUUGCGCCCGGACUGCCCGCGCGCUCCUCCGCUCGGCAGCCGUGAGUUGGACGCUGUUGGCUGGGAAGCCUACCUUGAGGCCGCGGGCGACGCCCCCCUGCUCGACGCCACUUCUCUUCUGCAGUGCCACGUGUGCCACCCGCGCCGCCAGCCUGGCUCCUUUCGCACUGGUCGCGAGGCGGGGGCCUUUGGGUUACAGGAAGUGCGCACCGUCUCGGCCAAGGCUGGUGCCGUGGCUCGGUUCGAGCCCGGUGGACCCAGCCCUGCUGCUCUCGCUCCUUGGGCGGCACGCGCUGGCCUGCCUUCGGCGGGGUCUGCCGUGCCUCUUUUGCUUCUGGGAGUGCCGGGCCUGCAGCCGGCUGGCGCCGCAGUGGCGCCUGUUCACGAUGCUGCUGACCUACAAGAGGCUAUCGCCUAUUUGGGCGAGGGCGGCGUCGAUCUUCUCUGGUUGCUUCCGGACUGCUUGCUCCAGGGGCCACCCCACCAACUUUGGCAGCCGGCGCUGCAGCUCGCUGCUAUCCACUUGCAAGCGGGUGGGCGGUGCGUGGUUGAGGCCCCGCUCUAUCGGCGGGCCUGGUCGGACAAGUUUGCGCGCGCCCAGCUUGCCGGGGCUCUCUGGCAUGCAGCGCGCCAGUCCGGGCCUGUCCUUGGGGCCUCCGGCCCGGGUCUCACGAUGCUCCGCUUCUCGUUCGCGAUGCCCCCGGGCCUCUCUCCUGUGUUGGAUGCCUUGGUGGCCCGGCGCCUCUCGGCUGUUAGGGAGGGGGGGGCCGGAGCGCAUGCAAACGCAAACGUGGAGGGGGAAGAGGCAGGAGCUCACGCAAACGUUGAAGUGGAAGAGGCCAACCAAGAGCUCUGGAAGGAACUCCAAUUGCGAAGCCCCCAGGCGCCUGCGGCUGAAGAGGGGGACUUCAAUGCGCACACAGCUGAAGAGGGAGACGUCAAUAGUAGGUGUGGAAGGCUCUUCCCUGAGGCAGGGCCGUCGCAGGGCCCACCACCUUCGUGGCUCCCCGCUAGCCUGACACCCAAGGUUGAAAACGCCACGUAUCGCUAUCUUGACGCGGUCCAGGAUGUCAAGUAUAGCUUGGAGGCUUGGAACAAGGCAGUAGCCGCAGGAACAGAGUUGCUGCGAACUUGUGGCGGAUGGCGCUCCGCGGUCGGCGCUCUCCGACGCGGAUGGCGAGACAGAGGAGGAGACCACUUCGCUGGACUCUUCGACAGGCGCCUUGAUGACCAUUUGCCGAAUGACCUUCUGACUUGGGUGCGCAAAGUGGCGCAGGAAGGGGUGGACGCUAAUUACCGUGGCACGCAGCGUGCCCGGGUGCAAGCAAUGCCCCACCCGUCGCUUAAGGACCACGUUGAGGAAGCAAGGCAACUGAUUUGGACUGACGCCUCGCGCGGCAGAGUGCUGCUUAUGAGCCCCGAGCCAGGGGAGGAGGCCCUCCUGGAAGGAGUCGUUUCGGUACCCCUUGCACGGGUACCCAAAUAUAAUCCCGACAGGUCGGUGUCCGAAAAGGGGAGGGUCAUCUGGGAUGCGCGGGUCGUGAACGAGCUCUGCAGCAAGGACGACCACUUCCCAGCCGCCCAACCGAAGCAUGCUGAGGUCGUGAGGCUGAUUGUCUGGUACCAAACGCGGUACCCCGGAGUCCGGAUCCUCCUCGCCAAGAAGGACAUCUCGGAGGCUUUCAAGUGGCUCUGGGUCACACAAGAGGACUGUCGAUUGUUCGGUGCCGACUUACCUGGGGAGCCCACUGAAGACCACCGAGGCGCGCCUCCGCGCCCGGUGACUGUGCUAUAUCUAGCCAUGACGUUUGGGUGGACAGGGGCGCCGGGUGAGUUUAUGGCUUACGCUUGGGCGGUCAAGUUACUGCAUCGUGCGUGUCGCCCAGACCGAGCAGAAUGGCAUGACUCCUCUGCCUUUAGGUCCCUGGCACUCAUGGACGACUCAGUUGUGAUUGAGCCAGACCUUGGGCUGCGUCCCCAGAUAUCCAUGGACGCCCUGGAGGCCGCCAUCAGGCAGACUCUCGGGCCCCUGGCCAUGAACGCUGAUAAAGAUGUGGAGGAAGGAGCUCUUACCACCCGCAAACUCAUAUGGGGCCUAGAGUUCGACACCGAGGCGGGCACCUGCCGCCUUCCCCCGCUGAAGGUGGAAAGGGCCUACCACAUCCUUCAAUCGGGGUUUUUUGACGCGGGCCAGCGGGAAGUGCCUCUACGAGAGGUCCAGGUAUUGCGCGGCUCGCAACAGUUUUGGCUGGGAGUUCUUCCCCAGCUGGCACCCUGCUUGCGAAGCACCAACGCCUUACUGGGACCACCUGACGAAAAGGGUCACGUUGUGAUGAGAGGCUCUCCGCAGGAGCAAGAAGACCAGUGGGCAGCUUUUUGGGACGCCAUAGAGUUACAGCGCCUGCUAGUAGGUUCCGAGGAGGCUGACUCCGUGGCUCGGUUCGAGCCCGGAGACGACCUCGUGCAAGUUGGGGUCGCCGAGCUCCUGGCUCUAUUGGUGCUCGUUGUCGCGCGCAAGGAAGAGUGGUCAGGUAGUGUCAUCCUUUACCUGGGCGACAACACCAAUGUGCAAGACUGGCUGCUCCAGAGGCAGGCAGGAAACUCCCAGGCAAACUUCUUGUUGCAGGUACUGGGUGCCCUGGAGGGCGUCCACGGCCUGCACGUUCGGGGGGCCUACCUGCGGACGUACCACAACCGAUCGGCUGACGACCUGACCCGCCUUGAACCUGGAGAAGUCAUGAGGAGCCUUGGCCUCAAGAGGAUCGAGGUCCCCUCUGAUUGGAGUAGGGUCCUGGAAGAAGCUUGGGUCAAACGAGCCUUGCUGUGGCUCGGUCAACCAGAGGCAGACCGAGGCAUAGCGCUGCAGCUGGCUGAAAGGCGAGCAGGCCCGCAAGUGCCCAAAGCCCUGCCGGCUUUGCGCUGGAGAGUGUGGGAAAUGAGCCAGCAAGCCCAGGGAAUCUAUGAGCGAGCCUUUAUCUCCCACGGGGGGACCCUGGCACCGCGAGGGGAACACGACCCUGAAAGUAGUUUGUGCGUGGCCGCUUCUGUGAGCGGCGAGGCAGAGGCUCGCCGGAUCCUCGGUGCGGUCCCCUCUGAGGCCGAAAGUAUCUGGAUCGACUCCUUUCGCCCCUUGCCCCUGGACGCCCUGAGAUCGGCCAACCACGCCGACGAGUGGGAACUGUGGGGUCAAGAAUAUGAUGGCCGUUCGUUUCAAGACCAGGUGUGGUGGAAAAGAUGGGUCAUCGCGGGAGUCCGCAAGGGGUCUCAAGGUCAGGGUGGUCCAACCCCGGAGGUGUUCAAGCUGCUGGGAGGGAGAGGUUCUGAAGAAGGGAAGGGCGGGCCAGGAGAGCUCACGUCCGAGCCGAAAGAGCGGUCGAGGACUGGCGCCUGCCACCUAGCUUGGGAGCGAGAGACCGAAGAGCUGGUCAAGCGCUGGCUAGCCGAGCACCUGGCAGCCCCGACCCGGGCAGGUGCCAUGAGUCAGUGGGGCACUGGAGGCUCCCGAAAGAAGGAGGAGAAGGCGCGGCGCCUCCGUGGCUCGUUUCGAGCCCGGAGUGAUGACGACCGGCGCCGGCUAGUCAAGAUCCUUCGCCACGAGGCGCACCUCCUAGAGAUCCCUAUGAGGGAGGAUGGUUGGGUCUCCCUGCGAGACCUCAACUACUACGUGGGGACCACCAGCCGGGAGGACUUAGAGGCCUUAGCGGGCAGGGAUACGAAGCAACGGCUGGUGUUGUACACAGACCGCGAAACUUGGAUCGCGGCGGAGAGCGGACACACCAUAUCAGGAGUGGUGGGGCCGGGCCGCGAGUUGAGCGCUGCUGAGGUACCCACCCUCUUGGUCCACGGCAGUUACGCCGAGCACACCAACUCGAUCUACCGCCGAGGGCUCCAGGCGCGGAGGGCAAUCCACUUGCUGGAAGUGGGGUCGAGACAUGGACGCUGGCGUGCCGACCUCGAGACAGCUGUGUUCGUGAGAGCACAGGCGGCCGCUGCAAAGGGUACAAGGUUUCUGCUGACGACCAACGACUUGUACCUGGCGCCGCAGGGAAUCCCAGCGUCCUUCGUGGAACAGAUCGUGCCUUGGCGGUCGGGGCCAGUCCCCCACCUCCCCAUCACCCGGACGGAGGCCUUGGAGUCCGAAGGACAACGAGCCGCGGGUCGGGGGGAGGAAAGCAAGCACCGAAGGAACCGGUCGCCGGCUAGAGCCAGUGCCUCUUCUGGCUAUGGGGUUCCUGGGCGCGACGCCAACGCUCCCGCGCUGGAUGUGGGGCCGUUUCCAGCUCUCUCACCGCCUGAGGAAACCGCGCGGCUCUCCGUCGCGGGAGAAGGUCUUGCCGACGCCGCCAGCACUACAGCCACGCCCACCGCGCCUGGCACAGGGACUGCGACCCCAGGUCAACCCUCGAACCCCGCGCCCGAGCCCACCGUGGCUCGUUCCGAGCCCGGUGAGGCCAGGGCACAGGGCGAAGCUGAGCCUUCCCUGGAGGCCAUCCCGUGGUCCGAAGGUGCACGCACGCUGCUCCCCCUUGUCCAACAACUCCUUUCGGAGGGGAUGCCGGAAUUGUAUGAACUGCUAGGUGGUGCGGCGGAGCUCGCUGUGGGCAACUGGGUCCUGGCUUUCUGCGGUGUCUUGCUCGAGCCCACCAUGGCAACGCACUGGACGGGCCGUAACGACGACGCGGCCGGCUCCUUCAUGGAGAGCUGGGUGGUCACGCUCCGGCAGGCCUCUGACCCCACCAGCCGGAACCUGCUCGAAGAGUUUGUCCGAUUUGGCGAGCUAGCCCACCGCUUGAUUAAGCCGCUGUGCCAAGUGAAGCAAGUCUAUGACUUGCUUGCUUGGAGGAAAGGCCGUAGGUACUGUCUCAGCCUUCUAGACCAGUUGGCCGGACCCCUCUUCGCCGUGGCGCGAUUCGCGCCCGGCAAGGAAGAAGACGUUCAGGGCCACUGGGGCACCAAAGAGGAAGGCGAGCCGCUUGAAGUUCUUGCGAAGACGGCACGCGCCUUGGGAGAGGUCGCGGCAGAAGCUCCGGAAGCCGUCGCGGUAGCGGUCACCCCAGGCACUCUAGAAGCAGAGUUAGGGGUGGAAGAGCCCGACUGGUCAGGAGACGAAUCCCCUGACAUCCCCGUCACUAUCGCGAAAACCGAGACCGACGAGGAAAUGCCCGCUGCCGAGGAAGCAGCUGGCUCGACGGCACCCAGGCGGCCAAAAAGGGUUGUUUUGGCCACGGGCCAACUGGCCCUCCUGCGGGCCCUUGCUGCCGCUAACGCCAGCAACUGGGCAGACAUCCAGUGGACCCUCAAGGAGACCCCUGGUGAAGCUGAAGACAAGGAGGACCUCGUCAACAACCUCUCUGACCUCGCAGCCACUUACGCGAAGAACCGAGCAGAGUGUUCGAGAGCCGCGGCGCUUAAGGCGGAGAAGCUCGCGGACCUCGAAGGGGAGGAGGCUGAAUACCUGGCCGCGCUUCCCCCGCACCUUUUGGAGUUGGAACGUAAGAACCCGGUCAGGCCGAGCCUCUCCACGCACCUGGGUUGGGUCGAACACGAGCGCUUCAAGAGGGAUGCUGAGGUCGCGGGCGUGUGGAUGGCUCGACGCCGCGAAAAAUCUAGGCUACGGGCCGCCAAGCACAGGGCGAGCCAACAAGCUGAGGCAUCGGGCAACACUGCCCAGGACCCGGUGUCAGACCGGGCAGACGCCGGCGCCCACCUGAGCUUCCAACUGGGGGAAGCAGCCCGGGAGUCACUGCGAGAGUUCAGGGCCGAACUAAGGGCGGGGGCACUCGACGUGCCGUUCCGUGCUGGAGACGUUCCCAAGCGAAAACCAGAGUCCUCACGACGUAGGAAGCUCAAGUGGCAGCGCUUCAGCAAAAAGGUCAAGUCUAAGUACGACCCCCGCGAGUCGGAACAGAACCACCCUUACGCCCACCUGGACGUUCCAGCCUGCAAGUCGAGUUCCGCCUGUGGGCCAGCCCCGCCGUGGCUCGUUUCGAGCCCGGCGAAGUAUGACCCCACCGACACCGACCGCAAUCACCCCUUUGCACAGGCCACUUGCCGGCCUGAUGAAGCGCCGAACGGCCUCGAGUGGGAAAGAGGCUUCCACUGGGGAGUCCUAUGCCGCGGAAAGUCGAGGGACUCCGCCUCGACGACGGGGGGAAACCCCGGCUUCCGCAGCUCCGAAGCCACCGCCCACUAUGCCACCUUGGAAGAAGACACCCGGGUGAGACUUCAAGCCCUGGAUCAUGACGAUGCUCAGCGUGACACCAAUCACGCCAUUGCGCACCUCUCGUGGUGGCUGGGCGUGCUUUUGGUGGGAGGCAUGAGCUUGGGCUGCCUGGCCCUCAGCCGUUGGGUGCUGCCGUGGCGCGCUUCGCGCCCGGCACACGACCCACGGUACUUGAGAGCAGGCGGUCUGGAAAGACGUGUAAGAUUCAACCUGUCAUCUGACAUCGAUUCGGAGGCAGAAAGAAGAAGGACGCCGAUGCCCGAAGGCACUGAUACCAACAGCAGCCUCACGACUCGUCACCACCGCAAGAGGGGCCGCCACCCCCUGGUAGCUUCCCAAGGAAGUUCCCCCCGUGCCGCCAAGCGGGCCUACCCAGACAACGGCCCACAAGCCGGAGUACUCCCUGCGAACGCGUGGGCAAGGGAAAGCCUGAAGCUCGUUCGGGACCACCUCUCUCCGGCGACGCAACGUCUGUAUGAUAGCCACUGGCGAUGGUGGGAACUUUUCACCAGAAGGAGAGGUGUUUCUGCUCUUCGCACCGUGGAUCGCUUCGAUCCCGGUGAAGAAGCGCUUUUCCUCGAUUAUCUGGUGUAUCUGUUUGUGGGACAGGGGCUUGCGGCCUCCACGGCGCAGGCCCGAUUAGGAGCGAUCCGCAGCGUCCACCUGCAGCUCGGUUUCCCCGACCCGCUCAAACCGCUCCCGCGGCUUCUUCUCGCUCUCGAAGGAAUCCGCAGAAGGAGAGGACCGAUCACGAAACGCAGGCCAGUCACCCCAUGCAUGUUGGCGCGAGCCAACAACGCCCUUCCUCUUGACCUGUGGGGACGAGGCCUUUCCUGCGCGUUGCAGCUGGGGUUCUUCUUUCUGCUGCGAGUUUCGGAAAUCGUGGGAGGGUCAAACCCGCGGCUGGGACUCCGGGUUAAAGACGUGGCGCUCUUUCGCGGAGGGAAGCAGCUGCGCCAUCCGUCUUUUGAGCAGGCAGACGAGGUGCAGAUAGUGGUGAGAGCAUCCAAGACUGACCCGGAAGGGGAGACUGCCACAAGGAACCUGUACCGGAGCGGUGCCGAAGUGUGCCCAGUGCUCGCCACGGCCAGGUACAUGGUCUUGCUGUGGAAGGAGUUUGGCGAACCAGCGCCAACCUCCAAGUUUUUCCCGCACUUGUCAAGGCAGGACAUACAAGAAGUUCUGCAGACAGUGGCGGCCUCACUUGGAGAAGAGCCGCAAGCCUACACCCCUCACUCGCUCCGGUUUGGAGGAGCCUCAGCCAUGUGGGCGUCGGCAAACACAGCAGCCCGGAUGGCCGCGGCGGACAUGAC